CUUCCGAGGCGGCGAGAGCGGCCAUGAGGCCGGCGCAGCGCUCCCGGCAGGAGACCCUGGCCCUGCGGCGGCAGCUCAUCGGCUCUUCUUGCAAGCUGUUUUUUUCUAAUGAUCCAGUGAAGAUCGUAAAGGCAAAAGGCCAGUAUAUGUACGAUGAGAAUGGAAGACGAUACCUUGACUGCAUAAACAACGUCGCUCAUGUUGGACAUUGUCACCCUGAUAUAGUAAAAGCAGCCCAUGAACAAAAUCAAUUGUUAAAUACAAAUUCUCGUUACCUUCACGACAAUUUGGUCGAUUAUGCAGAGAGACUUUCAAAAACACUACCUGAGAAGUUAUGCAUCUUUUAUUUUUUGAAUUCUGGAUCUGAAGCGAACGAUCUUGCCCUAAGAUUGGCACGACAGUAUACAAAACAUGAGGAUGUUAUAGUUUUAGACCAUGCUUACCAUGGACAUCUGACAUCCUUGAUUGACAUAAGCCCAUAUAAAUUCAGAAAUCUAGAAGGACAAAAGGAAUGGGUCCACGUGGCUCCUGUUCCAGACACAUACAGAGGACUUUAUAGGGAAGACCAUGAAGAUUCAGUAACAGCCUAUGCUAAUGAAGUGAAAAAUAUUAUUGAGCAAGCAUAUAAGAGAGGCAGAAAGAUUGCUGCCUUUUUUGUUGAAUCUCUGCCAAGCGUGGGUGGUCAAAUCAUUCCACCAGCAGGCUAUUUUCAGAAGGUUGCAGAGCACGUGCGCAAGGCAGGAGGUGUAUUUAUUGCUGACGAAAUUCAAGUUGGCUUUGGCAGGGUUGGCAAGCACUUUUGGGCAUUCCAGCUUCAGGGAGAAGAUUUUAUACCUGAUAUUGUCACUAUGGGGAAACCAAUAGGAAACGGGCACCCUAUUGCCUGUGUAGCAACAACAAAAGAAAUUGCAGAAGCAUUUGCAUCCACAGGUGUAGAGUAUUUUAAUACAUUUGGAGGAAACCCUGUCUCAUGUGCAAUUGGAUUAGCUGUGUUGGAUGUGAUUGAGAAAGAACAACUUCAGGCUCAUGCCACAGAAGUAGGCAACUUCUUGAUGAAGCUCCUGAAGGAGCAGAAAAUCAAGCAUCCCAUCAUUGGUGAUGUCAGGGGUUCUGGCUUAUUCAUUGGAGUAGACUUAAUCAAGGAUCAAGCACAAAGGACCCCAGCCACAGAAGAAGCAGAGCAUCUAAUAACAAGACUUAAGGAAGAAUAUAUUCUACUGAGUACAGAUGGGCCAGGAAGAAAUGUGCUUAAAUUCAAGCCCCCAAUGUGCUUCAACAUGGAGGAUGCAAAAUUUGUUGUGGACACAAUUGACAAGCUACUAACAGGUAAUACAGGUCAAAACUGCCUUGCAGAGGGUUGCUGUCAAUUCUGAGCCUGCUUUUCAGAAGUGCUAAAACAGACCCAAGGUGGCAGAUGCUCAGCACAUAGGAAACGCAAGCUUAGCCUUCACUUCUAACUUAUUGUUUUAAAGUUCUGUUAGAGAACUAUUUACUCCACAGAUGCAUAUGCCUUUCAAAAUAGCUUUGCUGUGGCAGAGGUUAAAGUGUUUACCUAUCUGAACAAGGGCAACUGGUACAAGCUGUCCAAAUUUCAUUCUUGAAAGCCGUAAUCUGUGUGCAUUUGCCACUUAGCUUUUUAUACAAUUCCUGCACGCUCAGUGUUAACCAAGUUUGAGACAAGUUUUUGCACUAAGUCAUGAGUUUGCUGCAUUGUUGCUUAUUCUCUCUCCAGACAUGGAAAAGGAACGUCUGAACCAAUAGAAAACAUCCACUUGUUCUACCUGAGCAGGUAUUUAUCUAUAUUUACCCUUUUCUAUUUAAAAGCCAUGGUCCCUAAACAUAACUUCACAAGCAUCUUGUGAAUGGUCUGAGGACCAAGCUUCCUCAGAGAUGCUUUUACUUGAAGUUAGUUUGCAGGAAUUUCUGGCAAUCUAGAAGCAUGACAGACCAGACUUGUGUACAUCUGCCAUUCACAGCUACCUUCUAUCAGAGUCUGACACUUCUAUUAACACUAUAUGUAUUCAUUUGUUUGUAAGCUAGGUCUAACAUGUCCCAGAAAUGCCUACCAGUAACUAGAGCAUGCUAUGCUUGUCUGGGAAGCUUUAAGAGUGACUAGGUGGAACUCUGGGUAUGCAAAUGACAUGCACAUCAAGAUAAAAAAACAUAGCUUUUAUGCUAGCUGCUCAGUGCCAUAAGUCUCUAGACAGAAGCUGUUCCAGCUGCCUAACCACUUCUCAGCAAGUCUCCCCUUAACUGCCCGUAAAGGCAGGAGCACCAUACAUUCUGCAUGCCACAAUUUGGGAACCUCCACUUAUGCUAAGAGCUUUAUGAAGAGCUGUAAACACUACUUUUACUUAACAACUGACUUUGAAGUAGUAUUGCCUUCUGUUCUCUUGAGCAUUUUUGACUACUUUGUAGGAUCAUUUCAGGUUCAUGGCUGUUAUCGCACACUUGAGCAUCAGUUUACCCCUAUACUCAGAAGUUUGUGGGCAUCAGUAAGACUGAGUCCUGUUAAGUCUUCCAAGCCUUUUCAAUCUUAGUUAUCUGUUGAGGUCCCCUCUAUAGCUUGCUUACAGAGAGCUGCAAUGCACUGCCACAUGCUCACAAGCACAGUGUACACUUACAGUUAACACCUCACUUACAACGCCCUUUGGUACACUUAGUGCUUCUUCAGCCUACUCUGACUAAAAGACAACCAAGUGUUUUUUAACCAAGUGCCCAGUUAAACUCUAGGUACCUAUACAGGAAUGUACCUAAUGUAAUCACUGGUGGCCUCAACCACCACACUAGAUUCAGUGCUAAGGCCCUGAGAAACAUGCUUUUAGUUCAGUGCAAUAUUAGUAUAGCAGGCACGAGAAAAAUGUGU